AUGAGUGCACCAGUCGGUUUUGCCAUCACCAGCCUUCGCACUAGGGAUGCCGAUACUGGUAUUUCUGCUAUGGCUCGGUUCUCUGUAGAUAACGACAUGUUCACUGUUGAUAAAGCCAGAUGCGGUGGCAAGGAAUGUACCACCACUUUGCGGUUAGCCAAAGCACUCGACUUUGAGAGUCAACGAAUACAUCAUGUGCUCAUAACGGCUGAAGAUGGUAAUCCGCGAUCGAAUAGAACGCUAUUCACCACGCAUACGAUCACCGUUCAUGUAACAGAUGAGGAUGAGUAA